AUGGGCUCGCGCUGGCAGCAGCUCUACGGUCGCGCCGCGCCGUCCGAGAACCAAGAGACCCGUGACGACGACUCGUGGGUCGACGCGUGGCAGCGGCAUGUGCUCGUCGACGACGCGCGUCACCGCAUCCUCGACAACAACGACGACAGUGACGACGACGACGUGGCGUUUCCGUGGCCUCCGCCCCUGAGCCAUCUCGAUGCUGCGCCCGAGGUCGACGCCGACGUCCAAGCUCAAGCCAAGAAGCACAUCCAGGCGUGGCUGUACGUCGAAGAGUCGGCCAAGACCAUCAAGCAAGCGCUGCAUACAGGGAAGCCGUCGCGGGCAAAGCGACAGAUUCUGCAGCAACCACCGCCAACAGUUGUGAGAACACGGCCAGUCGCCGCUGCUCGGCACGUCCAGCGCCAUGUCGCGCCAGCGCCCACCAAGGUCAAGGCACCCACGCUCUCUCGUUCCGCUGCCCGUAGCACGCCCAAGACGGGCCCUGCUUUGCUGGCAGAGGAGCCUACUCAUCGCACUCGAAGUGCUUUGUCGGUGAAGCCGCGGGCUCAUAGCGCCACGAAAGAGCUGUCCCGCCAAGAGGUUGUCGCGUCGCGCCGACUCGCUCAGGAGAUCACUCGCGUCUCGGCGCUGCAGGAAGCCAACGCCCAGCGCACGUAUGCCCGCACCAUUCUCCGCAAGAUGUGGGGUGCGUGGGCUGAUUCAGCGCUGCGUGGACGCGCCGAGCUGCAGCACGCAACCCGCACGCACCGCCUCGCGGUGCUGCAGCGACAUCUGCACGCAUGGCGCCGCGUGACGCAAGCGUAUCAACGUGCGCGUGCUGCCGCCCACGCGCAAGCACGGCUCGAGACGCUCCGGGUGCUCGACCACCUCGCGGGCCAGCACCACCGCGCGAAAUGUCUCUUUCGGUGCUUUGUGCACUGGCGCGCAUUCGCAGCGCGCAGCAAGCGCGAGAAGGCGCAGGGUGUCGGCGCCAGCCAGCGCCGGCAGCUGGCCGCGACACUGCUGACCGCUGCGUUGGCACCAGAGGCUGCGUCUCACCGCGACUGCGGGACAUCGCCGGCCUUUCCAAAGCAGAACGUCGUGCGUCGGUCGGUGCAGCUAUGGACGCUCCAAGCCGCUGCCAGCCCCGUGAAGGGCCAGGCUACGAGUCCGCUGCUGCAGAAAAAGCCAAAACCCAAAGUCAAAAUACAGCGGUGCGACGCGCCACCUCCCGCCGCCAUUGUCGACAUGCACGCGCGCAUGGCCGAGCGGAAGGCGCGCUGGGACCUGCUGCAAGAAAAGUAUAAGCUCAAGCAAGCCAUGGCCGCCGAGGUCGAGGCGCAGAUGCGCGCGGCCCAAGCCGCCGCGGCCGAGGAGGAGCGUCUGGCUGCGAUCGAGCGCAAGCGGGCUCUGAAGCGCGAGGCGCAGCGUAAGGAGGAGGCGGCGUUGCAGGAGAAGGAGCUGCGUCGCCAGCAACUGGUGCUUGCCAAGCGCCACGCCGCGCGCGCCACCGUCUACUGGCGCGGGUUUCUCCCGUGGUGGCACCGGCACGUCUACUCCAAACGGCAAGUGACCAAAGCCCUCAAUUGGCACCACGACACGCUGCUCUGCUAUGCAUUUCGUGCGUGGACGAGGUUUCUACUGGCUGCGCGGGCCGAUCGAGCGCGUGCCGAGGACGAAGCGCUCGAUGAUGCGCGAUGGUACUAUCAGUACCGGCGCAUGCGCGUGCUCUUUGCGCAGUGGAAGGCAACCCGCAUGCAAACACAACGCAAGGCCGAGAGCAUUGCUCAGCAGCACGGUUGGCAGCUCGUCGCCACGGUGUGGCACGGCAUGCAUGCUCGCGUGGCGGCGCGCGCCGAACGACUCCAAGCGGCGCAGAGGCAGAGGACGCGACGGCAAUGCGCCCAUGUUGUGGCCACGUGGCGCGCGUUUGUGCGUGGGUCGCAAGCGGCGGCCGCGGCCGAGAAGGAGAAAGAGGCCAUGCGGCGACAAGUGUUCGAGUGGCUACGCGAGGCCGGGUAAAUGUAUAUUCUCAAACACGACAAUCCAAUCAACGCAGCCUAGCUGAAC